AUGGCGAAACCAGACUUCAACUAUACUGCCUUCUUAACUGAUUACGAGCCGAGGGAAACCAAGGGAAAGAGUUCAUCGGUGUGUCCAACUAGUUCAACAUCUUCAAAUUUUUCAACGCCUGCAGCAUCUUCAAAUUCCGAGGCGGGUAGGCGACGCGACGGCGUGCAAUUACCAUCUCAUGGAUAUUUACGGUCUAGUACGGAAGAGCAUGGCCACGGCCCUAAACCCCUGACUAAUGACGGGCGUGCGAAACCUGAGAAAAGACAUGACCCAACAACCCUCGAUUUCCAAGAACAGCACGGAGCGCAGGAUGAUACGCCUAACAAGAAAGUCACGAAUUGCGUGCCGCUAAGUCGGGCCCCAAGCCAAGCCUCAGGUCAGGCUACGGAUCCUCCCCCAAAGAAGAAGCUGUCUCUACUGGAGCAGCUGCAGAAGCGGCAAAGUCAACCAGAACAGGCAAAUAUACCUCGAUGGAAGAUGAAAGCAGCACAGAAGAGGAAUAAGAAGUCAAAGGACGUUGAGAUUUCAGGUCAACCAUAUAGGCCGAUGAAUCCGUCACAAUAUAGGAAAUUUAUAAGUGGUUCGCAUCCUACAAGCUUGGAAACCCCAGAGAAAUCGAAUAUAAAGUCCCAUGACGCGCUAGUUGCAGAAGGCAUUGAAAAGGAGCCAUCUGGAGCCAAAGGCACCACACGAGCAGACAGCGUGCGAACAAAUAAGCCAACUCCAAGAGAAUUUAAAGUCGAGAGUGCUGUGUUGCCCAAAAUGACUGCUCGAAUUACAACACAAAUGGCCGGCAAAACUCUUGAAAACGGCGAGGAUGUUCAAGAUAAGAGCCCAAAUGCAAGCGACGAUGUAUCAAUCGGGCCUCCAUCGUCUGCGACACUCCAAGCGGAGAUAAUAGGCCAAGAUGAGAAUACUGAGAGGAAUCCAUGGGAAGAGCUUGUGGAGGCGGCCAUGGAAGCAUUGAAAACAGAGAAGGAGGCACAAGCAAAGGAAGCUACAACACAAGGAUACGCGGAAACUGUUCAGCCUGGUUCUUUGGCCCUGGCCAAUAAUAACUUGUCCCGAAGCGUCAACGCUCAAGCCGUGAAUCCUGCCGAUGUGUCACUGCCACAUUCGUCUCGUCAAGACGAUACGAGCCCUUCAGAAAAAGGGUACGCACCUGCACCUAAAUAUGUGAAAAGUGGUGGAGGUAUAAAUGACGAGGACGAAGAAGAGGCGAAAAGGGUAGCCGCAGCCAAGACAAAAGAGAAGAACGCAAAAAAGAACGCAAAGAAGAAGGAGAGAAAGAAGAGGCUUGCUGCCGCGGAGUGGGAGAGAAAAACGAAGGCGGGACAAGCCAAGCGAGAGGUAAAGGAGGCGAGAAGAAGAGAACAAGAGGAAGCUGAGCAGAGGAAGACUCGAAAAAACAAGGAGAUUGAAGAAGCGGAAAAAGCAAAUGUGCCCAAGCAAAUUCAAAACGACAGUGAGAGAGAGAUCAAACAAUCAUCUCAUAGUCAGAAACUUCGUGAUGACAUACAGGAGUUACCGGACGUGAUGCAAAAAGCCGAUUCUGCAAUCGAAAAUGCUUCAAACUCUUCCGAAACCCAGGAGCUCGAUCAUCAUCAGCGAACGGAACAGUGGAUCGAGCAAAUGUCACAGCACAGCGGUCAGUCUGGACAAUUUCCUCAUAUUGAACUAUAUGAAGAUAUGAUUCUAGGGGAAGAAGACAAUCGGGAGACCAAGUCGCGGGAUUACGAAGAGAGCGACAGCAAAUGCGACAACCAAGGGGAGGGUAAAGAAGAGUUUAAACAGGCUAGAUCUCCAUCGGAGCAUCGCGGAACUUCCUCGCCCAAAGCACAGGCUCUAUUGCCCGAGCAUUCAAACCUAUACGUGAAGGUCUUAAAAGGCUACACCCAGAAUCUGGACCCGAUCUUCGAGUAUCAAAAUAUUGAUGUCGUGUUCGGCUACAUCCAGUCGUCGAACAAGGAGCCGCAGGCAGAUAAAACCGGGCGUAUACAACCGGAAGAAAGUGCCGGAGCAGUUGGAGAAAACCUGGAAUCCGGAAACAACGCUAAAGACACCAAGGGCUUAGAUACAGGAUUGGAGUUUUCCGCACCAACUUCUGAAGUAGUGUCAGUUCUUUCUGAUAUCCCGGAAGCGCAUGGAACCCCAGCUGAUACUAAGGCCCACGAUAAAUCCUUACUGGGCAGCCAUGAUGUACCUGCGCAAGAGCCUCGAUCUUCUCCGAGUCCCACGUCCGCUAUGAUUUCAAACGCUUUCCAGCCAGAACUAGAACCAUAG